CAAAGGCUUAAUCAUCGCUGUGACUCUUCUCUGUGUCUCCCACCAGCACUCUGCACAGACAGCAAUGGAGGACGUUGAGAGGAUCUUUAAAGUGAGGGGGAUCGGAUUCGCUCCUUAGAGGUGCUGUGAGUGUUCCCUCUCUAGAUAUGCCCAUUCCUACCCCCCAGUCCUGGGACUACAGAUAUAUCCAGCAUCCCGAUGGGUCAGACCUGUUGUUUUGGAGCGGUGUCAAAAGCCACCUCUGAACUAACAGAGAGACUGGAAGACGUCUGGAAAGAGAAUUGGUUACAGAUUCUAAGAGCAGAUUUCUGUCAGCUCACACUAAACCCAAACACAGGCUUCUACAACAUCCACCUGACUGAGGGAGACCAGGAAGUGACAAUGAAGGAACCCAAACUGUGCCUCAACCAUCCAGAGAUGUUCCACAUUCUCCAGGUGCUGUGUAAGAAUGGUCUGUCUGGGGCCCACUUUAACUGGGAGGUAGAGUGGAGAGGGAAGAAGGCCUACAUAGCAGUCUCUUACAACAACGUCAGCAGGAUGGGCUUUGGUCCAGAAGCCCAGUUUGGCCUCAAUGAUAAGUACUGGGGUUUACUUUGCACCAAAGAAGCCUGUAGUUUCCUACAUAACAACAUAGCGACUAAACUACCUGCCCCUGAGUCCUGUAGUAGGGUAGGGGUGUACCUGGAUCACAGGGCUGGAGAUCUGUCCUUCUACAGCGUCUCUGAAACAAUUACCCUCCUCCAUACUGUCCAGACUGUAUUCACUCGGGCCACUCAACCAAGGGGCUUUGGGCAGAGCUAA